CUUGUUCCUCAUCAUCAUCCUCGCCGCUCUUGGUGUUGUUGCUGCUGCUGCUGCUGCUGCUGCUGUUGGUUCUGUUGGCUCUGUUGCUAUUUCAAGAAGCCUUCGCCGCAAUCGAUGAAAUGUCUUUGCAACCCAUGAUGAUGAUGAUGAUAGUCAUGAGUUAUUAGCCAUCUCAUCCCACCCAACAUUCCUAGGGUAUGCCCAAACUCAAUGGCCAAAAUAGUAACUCGGACUAGUGGUGCUGAUGCCCGAGAGCCCCACCACACUACUCGAUGUUUCACAGCCAGUCAGCCAGCCUCGUAAAGUCCAUGUAUGACAGCCAGCCCGGUCCCGGCCAACACUCCCAUUUCCCCUUUUUGACAGCGACGCCAGCGGUGGUGUACUCGGCUGCAAAACAUCGGCCGUCGGUCGACAUUGAUAUAUAUACCUAUAUAUCAGCGUGUAUGGCAGACGUGACGAAUCCGAUCCGAGGGCGGCGAAGAAUGCAGAUGACGAGGCAAGGAAAUGAAGGAUCAAGACAGCGCCGAUCGUCACCCGUGCCCCAAGCACCGUCUGGCGGGCAACAAUGCAAAUCAUCAUCUGUAUCUACGCAUGUACGUAUGCCCUGCGCAGGGUUGAAGGCUGAAGAUUUCAAAAGCAAAGAAUCCCCCCCAUUGCCUAUUUGGUAG